GAAACAGCAUCCAACUAUUCAACCAUUUAUUGCUCAAGAUGGCGCCCGCACAACCUGAGCUGAAGAAGUACCUCGACAAGAGACUGUUCGUCCAGUUGAACGGCAGCCGAAAGGUCAUCGGUAUCCUCCGAGGCUACGAUGUCUUCCUGAACAUUGUCCUCGACGAAGCGGUGGAGGAAAAGGAUGGAGGAGAGAAGGAGAGAAUUGGCAUGGUUGUCAUCCGUGGUAACUCGGUAGUGAUGCUCGAGGCUCUCGAGAGAAUCGGCGGCGACGACCGACGUGGAGAACGAUGAUCCUGAAGAAUGGCGGAAACACUAGAAGAGACGACGGAAAUUAUGUGAUCUUUCUUGGCGUUAAGGUCGAAAAUGAGACAAGUCCUUGAGGGCAGUUUGUUUGGGUCACAUCUUACUAGAUAUCAAGAGAGGAAGGAUAUCCUCGAAUUGUUAUGUUACACCAUGUCCAGCCAAACACUACACUACCUUACUCCUUCUUCUCCCAAACCUUUUCGUCAUAGGAGUCCAUCAACUGGCCAGCAUAUGCCUUUUGCCAACCCUUGAUACCUCCAAUCAGAAUUUCAGCCUUGACCUCCGUCUCUUCAACUUCAUCGAGGUAGUCCUGCAUCCAACCAGCACAUCGGGGGCCUCGACUACCGCAGCUUCCUGGGUAACAAUGAGUACCAGACCGGUUUGGUUUAUUAGGCGAUGACUUACCGCAAUAAAAGAUGAUUCUCUUGAUACCCGCCUGUUUGACAAGCUGAUAGAUCUGAGGACGGGUCUGAUACAACGUAUGAGCGGGGAGAUUGACGGAUGUAGCGAUAGUGCCGCCCUCCCAGUCCGUCCUUCGAACAUCUACUAGCAAAAAGUCCCUGUGAGCAUUCUUUCCGGAAGCUGCAUUCACUUCAAUAAGCUUUGCGACAAUUGAAGGGUCCGU